UCACUUACUACUGAGGUCACGUGCGUUGAAUUUUCAGGUGUUUAGUCUGCUUGCGACUCUGGCCUUAUUAACUGCUUUCACGCAAACCUCCAAGCCUCGGUUCUGCUGUAGCGAGGGUCGAGUACUAGGUUGUUUAAUCUACAAAAAGAUGACGGUGCACAUUGCCAAGGUCAAGGUCAGACCUCGGAAAAACUUACCCCCGAACGUCUGUGCAGUAGAGCUCUCAAAUAUGCUAGGGUGCUGGGCAGCAACAGGCGACUUGCUAGCCAGCAAUCAAUGUCAAGCAGCGGCCGAGACUUUGUUUCAAUGCAUGCGCACCGCACCUAUCCGCGGCAAACAACCUAGAUCGUCGAUAAAUUACCACCUCGCUAGACUGGGCAGAAACUCCAAAUAGUCUUAUAUGAUCUGCAGUUCUUCAUACGCAGCCGCAUGAGUUUCAGCAACGCCUGGCUUUUCAUUCAAUUUUAUUUUAAAGCGUCAUACGUCAGAUCAUGACAUGCAUUUUCCGCUCUGUUUUCCUGUUGUACUGAUUCCAGGAACGUGUUGUAAGUCCUCCACCAGAAAACCCUAGAUUCCUCUUGGAUAUGCAGGGUCCGUAGUGUCUUCAUGACAUUCGAUGAAUAGCCUGUACCUUUCUUUGGACAUGUGUGAGCGUCCCAAGUAUAAAUUCGCUCUGAAUUCAA